AUGGCUCCGACUGUGGAACAGAUUGUUGACGACAUCAAGAGCUCCAUCCAGAAGCUCGAGAGCCGCAUGUCGGACCUUGAAGCCCGCGUCGAGGGCAAGGCCGCAGGCGUCACUGCCCCCAGCGCCAUGCGCAUGAUCCUGAUGGGCCCUCCUGGUGCUGGCAAGGGUACUCAGGCGCCCCGCAUCAAGGACAAGUACUGCGUCUGCCACCUUGCUACCGGUGAUAUGCUGCGCGCGCAGGUCGCAAAGAAGACUGCUCUGGGCCGGGAAGCCAAGAAGAUCAUGGAUGCCGGCGGUCUCGUUAGCGACGAGAUCAUGGUUAACAUGAUCAAGAGCGAGCUCGAGACCAACACCGAGUGCAAGAACGGCUUCAUCCUCGACGGCUUCCCGCGCACCGUCGCCCAGGCCGAGCGGUUAGACGACAUGCUCACGGCCAAGAACCAGAAGCUGAUGCACGCCGUCGAGCUGCAAAUUCCCGACGAGCUGCUGGUUGCGCGCAUUACGGGUCGUCUCAUCCACCCGGCGUCGGGCCGUUCGUACCACAAGAUCUUCAACCCGCCCAAGGAGGCCAUGAAGGACGACGUGACGGGCGAGCCGCUGAUCCAGCGCUCCGACGACAACGUCGAGGCCCUCCAGAAGCGCCUCGUCACCUACCACAAGCAGACUUACCCCGUCGUCUCGUACUACCAGAAGACUGGUAUCUGGCGCCCACUCGACGCCUCGCAGGAGCCCGGCCAGGUCUGGCAAUCCCUGCUCAAGGUCUUCGACGACAAGUCCUCGUCCUCUAGCUCGCUCAUGAGCAAGCUCGGCCUUAAGAACUAG